AUGGCGAGUCCUACUCAGGGUCUACAAUCACCGUCAGGUAUGGUAGCACAAAUACCGAAGGACACAAACGGUUUGGAAUCAUCGUCUGAUGAUUUGAAUUCAAUCAAUAAUCUACCUGAUACAAUACAAUCUCCAACACAAUCACAUUUUCAUCCACCUCCUACCAAGACUUCCAGCCAGUUUUCUUCUCAAACUACAACACCCAAUCCUACCAUUUCUACCCAAAAUCAACCCCGCAUAGUCGGAGGUUUUGAAGUUGAUGAUGAAGAAGACGAUGAAGUUGUUGAAGAAGAAAAUGGUUCCCCGGAUGAAAAGGAUGAGCUUGAUGUCUAUGAUCCAUCUAUCGGAUUAGAUUUCGGUCUCUCUACACCAGCCCCCGCAAUACCCCUUGAUAGAACUUCCCAGUCACCAGAACAAGAAAAUGGAAACACUCCUGUUCCUGUCCAGGCAUCUGGUAGUCCUACUGAUAAUUCCUCUUCUGCUCUUCCCAUUGGAAAUGAUGUAGUUGCACCACGUGCUGCAACUACCACACCUGCUCAAUCCACCACCCUUGAUGUUUCAGCUCAACCUUCUCCACCUCGCUUGAAUGUGAACGGUUCUGUUAAUUCAGCUGUCUUAAAAUCGAGACUUGCUCAUGAUAUCGUUGGUAUCUUGGAAGAUCGAAUCAAAGAAGAUCCAAGAGGUGAUACAUCGGCUUAUCUUGAAUUGAUUGAAGAACUCAAGAACCGAAACAAACAAGAUGAUGUUCGUCGAAUUUACGAUCAAUAUCUUUCCGUCUUCCCUCUAGCUGCUGAACAGUGGUGCGCUUAUGUGAGAUAUGAAGAACAACACGAUCGAAAGCAUGCCAUGGAAACCCUUUUCAGCCGUUCUCUUCUUGAAGUGCUCGAUGUUCAAUUGUGGUCCUUAUAUAUCAGUUACAUUCGUCGCCGCAAUAGCAUGCAAUCCGGUGAUGUGGCAAGAUCAUACAAGAUCAUCAAUGAAUCAUUUAGUUUUGCCCUCAAAACUAUCGGUAUGGACAAAGAUUCGGGAAAUUUAUGGCAAGAUUACAUUAGUUUCCUGAAAACUGGUCCUGGUACUGUCGGUGGUUCUGGUUGGCAAGAUGCCGCAAAAGUUGAUACUCUACGAGAAGCAUAUCAGAAAGCCAUUGCUGUACCCACAGCCGCCACCACUGCCUUAUGGAAAGAGUAUGAUUCUUUCGAGACUGGUCUCAGCAAAAUCAAUGGUCGUAAAUACCUCCAGGAGAAAUCACCCUCAUAUAUGACAGCACGAACUGGUUAUACACAGCUUCAAAACCUCACAAAAGACAUCCAAAGAACCACUCGUCCACGUCUACCUCCAUCACUGGGUUAUGAAGGUCAUCAAGCCUAUCUAAAUCAAGUCUUCUUAUGGAAUCAGUGGAUUCAAUGGGAGAAAGACGACAAUCUUGUUCUGAAGGAUGAAGACAUAAAACUUUAUCGUUCACGAAUAUUGUUCACUUACAAGCAGGCACUGAUGGCCUUGCAAUUCUGGCCCGAGAUGUGGUAUGAUGCUGCCGACUUUUGCUUUGCCAACGAGCUUGAGGCAGAAGGUACCAAAUUUCUGAAUCAGGGUAUUGCAGCAAACCCAGAAUCACCACUUCUCGCUUUCAAACUUGCAGAUCGGAUUGAAGGCUCCACCCAGAAUGAUGAAGGAAGUGAUCCGGGUUCCAAAGAUCGUAUGAAGAAGAUUCGAGAACCAUACGAUGGAGUUUUGGAUGCUCUUUACGAACAGGUGAAGAAAGUAUCGAUCCGAGAAAAGGAAGACAUCCAGAGAGCCGAACUUUCCUCGACCACAAAUGGAGAAGGAAAUGGUACUGAAGAAGAUGAAUUCAAUGCAGCAAAUGUCGCAAGCAAACAGGCCGCCCUCGAUGGUCAGAUCAACAUCAUCAAGAAGGGUGCUCAAGCACAAUCUGACCUUCUUAGUCGAAUGAUUUCACAUGUUUGGAUUGCUCUGAUGCGAGCCACUCGUCGGGUACAAGGCAAAGGUCUACCAACAGAGCGAGGACCUAGUGGAUUCCGAGCUGUUUUUGGUGAAGCCCGCAAACGUGGCAAGUUGACGAGCGAUUUCUACGUCGAAUCUGCUCGGAUUGAGUGGAAUUGUUAUCGUGAUCCAACAGGUACCAAGAUCCUUGAUCGUGGCAUGAAAUUGUUUCCCGAGGAUGAUUAUCUUCCACUUCAAUACAUCAAGCAUCUGUUUGAAAUCAACGACGUGACGAAUGCACGUGCUGUCUUCGAGACCACCGUGAAGAGACUUCUCACAAAUGAAGAGGGUGGAAACACCAACACAGCGAAACCACUCUUUGCUUAUCUUCAUGAUUAUGAAUCCAAAUACGGCGAGUUGGCUCAAGUUCAGAGUUUGGAGGCCAGGAUGAAGAAACACUUUCCUGAAGACCCAACACUUCAACUGUUCACCAGCCGCUAUAGUACUCCAACAUUUGAUGCCACACGUGCGCACCCAGUGAUAUCACCACAACAGAUCCAAGUUCCCGAUUCAGUCCUUCCUUCUGUGGAAGUACAAGAGGCUUUCAAUUCACCAAUUCAGAAAGUGAUCGACUCCAUCGCAACAAAUUCUCCUAAACGACCCUUCCCAGAUGAUUUUGAGGAUGUUGGUCCACGGAAGCUUGCAAGAGGCGAGUCUCCUCUGAAGGGAGCAGCUGGACGUCGAAUGAAUCAACAAGCUCAACAACAGCAAAGACAGACUAAUCCUCCUCCUCCUCCUCCAAGCAUGGCCUCCUUUGCUGUCCCGCCUCCACUUCCGCCACAGAUCGCAUACAUCUUGAGCAUUCUUCCUAAAGCCGCUCUCUACGUUGAUGUCAAGUUUGACCCGACAACAGUAGUCGAGAUGAUUCGUGAUGUGCAUCUACCUCCACCAUCCGGCAUUGCUGGUCAACAUUUUCCUUCUGCACAACAACCACCUCAAGCUGCAGGAUGGCAAUCAUACCCACAGCAUCAACAACCACCUGUUCCACCAGGAGGCUUUGCGGUCCCUCCUGGUACACAACCUCAGUAUGGAGGUGGUAAGUCAUGGUCAAGACCUACGGCUUGA